GCAGCGGCUUCGCGCCCUCACACCAUGGGAUUGGGAGGCCUCCACUCUGGCAGCGGCCUCGCGCGCUGCGCUUGUGCCGGAGCAUGGCAUGGCUGCCACGCCCGCGCCGCCUUAGAGCUCCCGCGCGUCCGGCUCCUGUGCUCGCCGCGCCGCGCUUGUGUCGCAACACAGCAUGGCUACCACGCCCGCGCCGCCCCGCAGCUCCCGUGCGUCGGGCUCGUGCCGGAGCACGGCAUGAUUGGCACGCACGCGUCACUCAGGAGCUCGCGUGCACCGUGGCGUGCGUGCCGGGCGUGCUGGCAGGCCGGCUGCAGCUGUGUGCGUGCGCAGCCGUGCGUGUUGGCUGGCCGCCACAGCCGCGCGGGACGGGUGUGCUGUCUGGCCGGCCGCACAUCCAUGCUUGCUAGCUAGCUAGUUGGCCGCUUGCGUGCGUGCACUGCUGCCGCUGCUUUGCGUGCUGGCCACGGGCUGGCGAGCCGCUGCAUGCACAGCCGUGUGCUGGCCACGAGCUUGCCGCCGCGCGCAUGCUGGUCGAGACGCUUCCGCCCACGCAGCUCGCCGUCGGAGCUUGCCGCCACCACUGCCGCUUCGACCUCGUGCUGGAGGUCCAGACACUGCCGUUGUUGCUCUACGUGCCCGCACAUAAGGUGUUUGUGAAAAUGGCUCAAAAGCGAGGAGAAAAAUUUAAGAUACGUGAGUAUUUGGAAGCAAAUUUAAGGCGCGUUCGCAGAGGUUUGAGGGGCCAUAUUAGCUAUGCGUGGCUGUAGAUGCUCUGAGGGCUCUACCUGCCGAUGGCUAGGACAGUAUCUUUUGAAAACGUGGUGGAUCUGGAUCGUCGUCUAGCAUCAUCCAGUACACCCUGCACAGAUUUGGAGCUAGGCACCUAGCUGCUUCUUGGCAAUGGCCAACCGAGCCGUCCAGUACGCCAUGGUGGAUGCCUUCACUGGCGAGCCGUUCAAGGGCAACCCGGCGGCGGUGUGCCUCCUGGAUGACGAAGCCGCGGCCGAUGACGACCGGUGGCUUCAGUCUGUCGCCGCGGAGUUCAACGUCUCCCAGACGGCCUUCCUCUCCCGCCGCGACGGCGGCUCCAGCUCGUUCACCCCGCGGUUCCGCCUCCGCUGGUUCAGCCCCGCCACCGAGGUCCCGCUGUGCGGGCACGGGACACUGGCGUCCGCCCACCUCCUCUUCACCGCCGUCCUCGCGAAGCAGCACGACGUGAUCGAGUUCGUGACCGAGUCCGGGGUCCUGACCGCCCGGAAGGUUCCCGUUGCAAGUUCGCGGCCGCGGGUGACGGAGGAGGAGCAGGGGAAACCGUUCAUCGAGCUGGAUUUCCCUACGAGCGAUGUUCUCGUGGACUGCAGCUCCAGCCACGAGCUGCCGUCCAUAUUCCUGAAGGCCGCGCCCGUCGUCGGAGUUCAUCGAGCGGCAAUCACCGACGACUUCAUUGUAGAACUUUCAUCGGGAGAAGAGGUUGCUGAUGUCCUUCCUAACUUGGAACAACUUAAAAAGUGUGCUGGCAGAGGUGUUAUUGUUACAGGACAGGCGCCACCUGGAUGUGGUUAUGACUUCUUCUCACGUUUCUUCGCCCCGAAAAAAGGGGUAGACGAGGACCCUGUUUGUGGCAGUGCACACUGUGCUCUAGCACCAUACUGGGCCCGAAAACUGGGCAAACAAAGACUGACGGCGUUUUAAGUAUCUAAAAGGACCGGAACACUUUAUCUGGAGUUGGAUGCUGCAAAUCGGAGGGUAAAAAUUCAAGGACAAGCCGUUACUGUGAUGGUUGGAACACUCCUAGCUUAGCUAGCUAGCUAGCAUAUAUUUUCCAUCUGUGUAUGCUUUGAACUACGGUGUCAAACCAAUGCAUUGUUACAUUUGUUGUUUUAACACUAACGGUCUUACUCCUGUGGGAGUACAUAUUCCGUGGUGAAUUUAUUGACUGGUUUGGUAUCGUAGGCUUCGUAGCUGUGUUGAUUAUUUUCUC